AUGGAAAUCAAAGAAACUUUCAUGCUUUCACCUGCUGCUGCUGGUCACAAUGAUACAGUUUUCAGAACUGCCCAUUUUCUCAAACCAGUUGCAAAAUCCAAUCAUGUCAUCCUUAACCCAUCAUCAUCAUCAUCUUCUGUUUUUGAAUCAAAGGAAUCUCCUUUCAAAAUCAAGUUCAAUGGGUGGCGCUACCCACACAAACAAUGGUUUACUUGGGUUGAUAAACUUAAACCCGAGUAUGAAUCUGUGUGGAAGAAAGUUGGAAUCUUUGAUGCUAUUAUGAGUACUAAGAGUCACAUAAUGAAAAAUCAGGACUUGGUUUAUGGGGUUGCUGAAAAAUGGUGUUAUGAGACAAAUACUUUUGUGUUUCCAUUUGGUGAGGCAACAAUCACUUUGGAAGAUAUCAUGGUUUUAGGGGGUUACCCCAUUCUUGGUGAUCCUGUUUUCACAUCACUUGAAGAUCAAGAAAUGAGAGAGGCCGAGGAGAAGCUCAUCAAUGCAAGACAAGAGAUGACUCAAAAAAGUAAAAUGCCUACAACAUCAAAAUGGAUGAGUAAGUUCAUUGGUAAUGCAGGAAAUACUAUUGCUUUGGCACCUACUGUUUUAGCUAGCUUAUAUAAGGAUCUGAGUGUACUUAAGAAACAAAUUGUUGAUUUGGAAAAACAUCCAUUAGAGGGCAUUAAAUUUCCAUUAGAGUUGGAGGUUAAUGUAGAAUCACUCUUUUACUUGGUUCAAGUUUGGGCUUCUGAGAGGUUCAAAAAUUUGAAACUAAAAGCCAAGUUGAUAGAAAAUGAAGAUCAUAUGUUGUUUAGGUGGCAUCGGGUUAAGCCCUUGAAAGUUUACAAUGUGAAGUUGGCACUAGAUUCAGCUAAUAAGGAUAAUUUUCUUUGGCGUCCAUAUGUUAAAUAUGCUGAUAAGUAUGGGAAGUUUUACCCAAAAGAUGAAGUUUUGGUGCCAUAUCAACCACAUAGAGUUGCUAUGCAAUUUGGAUUAGAUCAAGAUAUUCCUGGUUCUGUUCCUAGAUUCAAUGAGACUAAAACCAAUGUUUGGAAUAAUUACUGCAGACCCAUUUCUGAUACAAGUGUAUAUUUUCCAUCUAGAUGUUCUGAGGGCAAUGUUACUAUGCGCUAUGAAAAGUGGUGGAAGAGAAGUGCUAGUUCAUCAAAAUGUACAACUCCUAAUGAUAUUCCGCUUGAAUUUCCUCCUCCUAAACUAGUUGGCACUGUUACUUUUGGAAAUCCUUGUGAUCAUGGUUCCAAAACUAGGACUUGUGAUAAUACUGUUGAUGAUGAUGUUCCCUCUGGUUCUAUUCCUAUGCCCUCUGAAAAUUCUGGUUUAAUUCAUUUUGUUGCUCCUUCAAGUUCGUCUCCAAAACAAAACACUCUAACUCCUUUCAUAUCUGCUGUUGAGGAUAGUAACCAUGUCUUGGAAGAUGCGGAUGAGAGCAUAGAAGUCAUUUGCUCAAGUGGCAGAAUCUGCGAUGAUGGUUCAAAAACUAGCAAGGGUGAUAAUUCUGUUGAAGAUGGUCUGAAUGCUGAGAAAUGUAGGCAAGUCUUGGAAGAUCUUGAGUUUGAAGAUGAUGCAAAUGAGAGCAUAGAAGCAAGGCUGUCAGGUGACAAAAGCUUCCAAUCUGAGACUCAAACUGAAAGCUAUAGCUAUUUAUCUGAGGUUGUUGAAGUGAAGCCACUUGACAGAAAUGGAUUUGAAGGGACAUGGGAUUUGUUGUAG